AUGGACUUCUCUGCGCUGAACGACGCCUUGGCCUCCAAAUCUUACGACCAGAUCGCCGACAUAUGCGACACUCUCAUGCUCCAGGUCUCCUCUCAGGGGGUUAUUUUUCAAGAUGAAUGGCCUUACGCCAUCCACCUUCUCGGCCAUAUCUACAUCAAUGACAUCAAUAGCGCGAGGUUUUUAUGGAAGAGGAUACCAUUGGCAGUGAAAGAGAGCCAGCCUGAGGUGGUAGCAGCUUGGAAAAUUGGGCAGAAGUUGUGGGCAAGGGAUUAUGCUGGUGUUUAUGAAGCAAUUCGCGAGUUCAACUGGAGUCCAGAGGCUCAGGGCAUUGUUGCCUCUUUUUCAGAAUUUUACACAAAAAAGAUGUUUGAGCUGCUGGUUUCUGCUUAUUCUACCAUAAGCACACAAGAUACCGCUCUUUUCCUUGGACUGAAUGCUGAUGAUGCUGCAAACUAUGCACUACAACGUGGUUGGACCUUGGAUCUCUCCUCUCAAAUGCUAACCGUGAAGAAGCAGGUUGUUGCAACAGAGCAGAAACUGGAUUCCAGUAAAUUACAGCGCUUGACAGAAUAUGUUUUCAACCUUGAGCAUUAA